GCGCGCCAAACGUCACGUGGUGUCAGUUUUCGCGCGAAGCUGCGUGCUGCUGUUGUCUCGCUGUUUCCGUCUGUGUGAAGCGGAUCGCUGUCUGGCAGUAAACUUACAGCGCCUUUUGGAGAGUUUUCCCUGCGGGUUCACGGCGUCUCAGCAUGGAUGUUGCCACGGCGAACGCGGAGAAUGCCGGCGCGAUGGUGAAAGACGACUUGGCGGAGAAAUGCCAGAAGUUAUUCCAGGCUUUCUUGGAGGAGUUUCAGACUCCGGACGGAGAGGUGAAGUAUGUCCGGGAGGCCGAGGAGCUGAUCAGGCCGGAAAGAAACACCCUGCUGGUGAGCUUCACGGACCUGGAGGGCUUCAACCAGGAGCUGGCCACCACCAUCCAGGAGAUGUACUACAGAGUCUAUCCCUACCUUUGUCGGGCUGUGCGCAACUUCGCUCGCGAUCAUGGAAAUGUUCCUCUCAACAAGGAGUUCUACGUUGCCAUAAAGGAUCUGCCCACCAGACACAAGAUUCGCGAGCUGUCCUCAAUGCGCAUCGGCACCCUGGUGAGGAUCAGUGGUCAGGUGGUGAGGACGCACCCAGUCCAUCCUGAGCUGGUCAGUGGAACCUUCCUGUGCAUGGACUGCCAGUCAGUGAUCAAAGACGUCCCGCAGCAGUUCAAAUACUCCCCGCCCACCAUCUGCAGAAACCCAGUCUGCAACAACCGCUCCCGCUUCCACCUGGACACGCACAAAUCCAAGUUCAUCGACUUCCAGAAGGUUCGUAUCCAAGAGACGCAGGCUGAACUGCCUCGCGGUUCGAUCCCGCGCUCCCUGGAGAUCGUCCUGAGGGCAGAGGCUGUGGAGACGGCUCAGGCCGGUGACCGCUGCGACUUCACCGGGACCCUCAUUGUGGUGCCUGAUGUCUCUCAGCUCAACACUCCUGGUGUGCGAGCAGAGACCAGCGCCCGUGUCGCCGGAGGUCCUCAGGGUUUAGAAUCUGAGGGUCUGAGAGGACUGAAGGCUCUGGGAGUCAGAGAGCUGUCCUACAGACUGGCCUUUCUGGCCUGUAAUGUGGCUCCAACCAAUCCACGAUUUGGUGGUAAAGAGCUGCGAGAGGAGGAGCAAACAGCUGAGAGCAUCAAGAGCCAGAUGACUGAGAAGGAAUGGGAGAAGGUGUUUGAGAUGAGUCAGGACAAGAAUCUGUACCACAACCUGUGCACCAGCCUCUUCCCCACCAUCCACGGGAACGACGAGGUCAAGCGCGGCGUGCUGCUGAUGCUCUUCGGAGGCGUCCCCAAGACGACCAUGGAGGGAACCUCCCUGAGAGGAGACGUCAACGUCUGCAUCGUGGGAGACCCGAGUACCGCGAAGAGCCAGUUCCUCAAGCAUGUGGAGGAGUUCAGUCCCAGAGCCGUCUACACCAGCGGCAAAGCCAGCAGCGCUGCAGGUCUGACGGCGGCGGUGGUCCGAGACGAGGAGUCCCACGAGUUCGUCAUCGAGGCCGGCGCGCUGAUGCUCGCCGACAACGGUGUCUGCUGCAUUGAUGAGUUUGAUAAGAUGGACCUGAAAGACCAAGUGGCCAUCCACGAAGCCAUGGAGCAGCAGACCAUCAGCAUCACCAAAGCUGGAGUCAAGGCCACCCUGAAUGCUCGCACCUCCAUCCUGGCUGCUGCCAACCCCGUGGGCGGACGCUACGACCGCAGCAAGAGUCUGAAGCAGAACGUCAACCUGACGGCGCCCAUCAUGAGCCGCUUCGACCUCUUUUUCAUCCUGGUGGAUGACAGCAAUGAGGUGACAGAUUACGCCAUCGCCAGACGCAUCGUGGACCUUCACUCCCGUGUGGAGGAGUCGGUCGACCGGCUCUACUCCUUGGACGAGAUCCGCAGAUACCUUCUCUUUGCCAGGCAGUUUAAACCCAAGAUCUCCAGUGAGUCGGAGGAGUUCAUUGUUGAGCAGUACAAACGUCUCCGCCAGCGGGACGGGUCCGGGGGCGUGGCCAAGUCGGCGUGGAGGAUCACAGUGCGGCAGCUGGAGAGCAUGAUCCGCCUGUCGGAGGCCAUGGCUCGUAUGCACUGCUGUGAUGAGGUUCAGCCCAAACACGUGAAGGAAGCUUUCCGCCUUCUUAACAAAUCCAUCAUCAGAGUGGAGACGCCCGACAUCAACCUGGACCAGGAGGACGACCUGGAGGACGAGGAGGCGCAGCAGGAAGAUGGGAAUAACGUACCAAAUGGAGUGAACGGCAUUAAUGGCGUGAAUGGCCAUGUGGAUGGCAUGAAUGGGCACGACAAUGGCGUGAAUGGCCACAGUGAGAACGGCAGCCAGCCCAAACCGUCUCUUCGCCUCUCCUUCCCCGAGUACAAACGGCUCUCCAACCUGCUGGUUCUGCACCUACGGAGAGCGGAGGAUGCUGAGGAAGAGGAGGAGCUUAAGAAAACGGCCGUGGUUAACUGGUAUCUGAAGGAAAUUGAGUCAGAGAUCGACUCGGAAGAGGAGCUUAUCAACAAGAAGGGUCUGAUAGAGAAGGUCAUCCACAGGCUGGUGCACUAUGAUCACAUCCUCAUCGAGCUGUCUCAGGCCGGACUGAAGGGCUCCGAGUCCGCAAGCUCAGAAGAAGCCGUUCUGGUCGUCAACCCCAACUACAUCCUAGAAGACUGAACUCCAUCCCUCCACCCAUCUCCUCUCCUGCAGACCGACAGCUGACGUUCACAGUUGUUCCGCUUGUAUGCAUAGAUACCAGAAACAUAAUGGAAGCUAUGGGAGACAGCAUUUAGAGUUUCUUGACUGUAAAAAGAAAAAAAAUUGUGACUCUUCAAAAUAAAUGUAAAUAUGUUGCUCUGUUCCCUGCAGAUGUUUUGGAGGCCUUUCUUGAUUGUGUAACUGCUGUUUUUCACACCGGUAUAAUAAAAGUUGCUGUUGUAAGGGAUUUUGAAUAAGUAAGAGUUAAAAUAAAGUGUUGGU